AUGAUCCCACAGGAGGAGCUUGACAUUUCUCAAAACAAUCUGUCAAGAGAGAUACCUCAACAGCUAGUGCAGCUCACAUUCCUUCAAUUCUUCAGUGUAUCUCAUAACCCUCUGAUGGGGUAUAUGACUCAAGGAAAACAAUUUGGUACAUUUCCAAAUAGUUCGUUUGAUGGGAACCAGGAUUGUGUGGAAGUCCUUUGUCAAGGCCAUGUGGAAGCUCUGAGCCGCCCCCACCAGCACCUUCAACCUCUGAACGAGGUUCACCAGUUUCGUAGUAUGAGGAACAAUCCAGAUAUGACUGGUUACUUGCCUGAAUUUGGGAAAACCAGUCCCCUUAGGUUUCUGUCACUUGCUGGUACAAGUUUUUCUGCUGAGCUACCAGCUUCAAUUGGGAAGCUUGGUUCCUUGACUGAAUUGGAUAUCGGUUCAUGCAAUUUCAUGAUGGUCACUUGGAAAUCAAUUGACUGGACCAAUCCCAUCUUGGCUCAUGAAUCUGACACAACUAACUGUUCUAGAUCUAGCAGAUGCAAACCACCUCAAGGUCAUGCAGGCCAAUCAAAAAGCCCAGGGCACACGCAGACUUUCAAGUACAUGUACUCAAUGACAAUGACAAACAAAGGCAUGCAGAGGUUUUAUCAGGAAAUCCCUGAUUCUUUCAUAGCAAUUGAUUUCUCUGGCAACAAUUUCAAAGGACAAAUUCCAACCUCCAUUGGGAACCUCAAGGGGCUUCAUUUGCUCAACCUUGGCCGCAACGAUACUACCGGCCAUAUCCCAUCCUCCCUGAUGAACCUAACACAAAUGGAGUCAUUGGAUCUUUCCCAGAACAAGCUCUCAGGAGAGAUCCCUUGGCAACUAACAAGGAUGACAUUUCUCGCUUUCUUCAAUGUUCUAAUAAUCAUCUUACAGGGCCUAUACCACAAGGAAAACAAUUUGCAACAUUUCCAAAUACUUCCUUUGAUGGGAACCCGGGGUUGUGUGGAAGUCCUUUGUCAAGGGCAUGUGGAAGUUCUGAGGCAUCACCACCAACACCUUCAUCCUGUAAACAAGCACCCACUGUGCCAUGGUAGUGAGAGUUCUGCCUUGCUUCAGUUCAAGCAAAGCUUUUUGAUUGAUGAGGAUGCUUCUGAUGAUCCUUCUGCUUAUCCAAAAGUUUCAACGUGGAAAUCCCAUGGAGAAGGAGAGGAAAGUGAUUGCUGUUCAUGGGAUGGUGUUGAGUGUGACAAGGAGACUGGUCAUGUCAUCGGCCUUCACCUCGCAAGUAGUUGUCUCUAUGGUUCUAUCAACUCCAGCAACACCCUCUUCAGUCUCGUUCAUCUCAGUACGCUUGACCUUUCCGAUAAUGAUUUCAAUUACUCUGAGGUCCCACAUAAAGUUGGUCAGCUUUCAAGGCUUAGAAGUCUUAGCCUCUCUGGUUCUAAAUUCUCAGGCCAAAUCCCAUCGGAACUCUUAGCAUUGUCCAAAUUGGUUUUCCUUGAUCUCUCGAGUAACCCAAUGUUGGAGCUUCAAAAGCCUGGCUUGAGAAAUCUAGUUCAAAACUUAACCCACUUAAAGACACUUCAUCUAAAGCUGGUGAACAUUUCUUCAACAAUACCUCAUGAGUUGGCAAAUUUAUCUUCAUUGACAUCUCUCAUUUUAAGAGGAUGUGGACUGUAUGGUGAAUUCCCAAUGAACAUUUUUCGGCUUCCAAGCCUACAGCUUCUUAGUGUGAGGUACAAUCCAGGUCUGACCGGUUAUUUACCUGAAUUUCAGGAAACCAGUCCCCUAAAAAUGUUGUUUCUUGCUGGUACAAGUUUUUCUGGUGAGUUACCAGGUUCAAUUGGGAGGCUUGUUUCUUUGACUGUAUUGGACCUCGACUCAUGCAAAUUCACAGGGAUGAUCCCAUCUUCACUUAGUCACCUUACCCAGCUGUCUAUUUUAGACCUUUCAUUUAACCUUUUUAGUGGCCAAAUUUCUCAAUCCUUGACCAGCCUUAGCUCAUCGUUGUCUAUACUCAAUCUCGGAGGCAACAACUUGCAUGGCCCCAUUCCUCAGAUGUGCACCAACCCAAGCAGUUUGAGGAUGAUCGACUUAAGUGAAAAUCAAUUCCAAGGUCAAAUCCCAAUAUCAUUGGCCAAUUGCACAAUGCUCGAGCAACUUGUUCUCGGAAACAAUCAAAUCCAUGAUAUUUUCCCUUUUUGGUUAGGAGCUCUCCCACAGCUACAGGUUCUUAUUUUGAGAUCCAACAGAUUCCAUGGUGCAAUAGGGAGCUGGCACACCAAUUUCAGGUUUCCCAAGUUGCGCAUUAUUGACCUCUCUGACAACGAGUUUAUAGGUGAUUUGCCAUCAGUGUAUUUCCAAAAUUGGGAUGCCAUGAAACUUGCAGAUGCAAACCGCCUCAAGGUCAUGCAGGCCAAUCAAACGUUUCAAAGCCCAGGGUAUACGCAGACUUUCAAGUACAUGUACACAAUGACAAUGACAAACAAAGGCAUGCAGAGGUUUUAUCAGGAAAUCCCUGAUACUUUCAUAGCAAUUGAUUUCUCUGGCAACAAUUUCAAAGGACAAAUUCCAACCUCCAUUGGGAACCUCAAGGGACUUCAUUUGCUCAACCUUGGCCGCAACAAUAUUACUGGCCAUAUCCCAUCCUCCCUGAUGAACCUAACACAGAUGGAGUCAUUGGAUCUUUCCCAGAACAAGCUCUCAGGAGAGAUCCCUUGGCAACUAACAAGGAUGACAUUCCUCGCUUUCUUCAAUGUGUCUAAUAAUCAUCUUACAGGGCCUAUACCACAAGGAAAACAAUUUGCAACAUUUCCAAAUACUUCCUUUGAUGGGAACCCGGGGUUGUGUGGAAGUCCUUUGUCAAGGGCAUGUGGAAGUUCUGAGGCAUCACCACCAACACCUUCAUCCUCUAAACAAGGUUCAACUAGUGAAUUUGAUUGGAAAUUUAUCCUAAUGGGAUACGGAAGUGGGCUAGUAAUCGGAGUUUCAAUUGGGUAUUGUUUGACCUCAUGGAAACAUGAAUGGUUCGUGAAAACCUUUGGAAAGCGGCAAAGAAAAUGGACAAGGAAUGAAAGAAGGGGGCACAGAGGCUCAAUUGAUUUCUCAAGUAACAAUUUCGAAGGACAGAUUCCAACUUCCAUUGGGAGCCUCAAGGGGCUUCAUUUGCUCAACCUUGCCAGCAACAAUCCUACUGGUCAUAUCCCAUCCUCCCUGGGGAACCUAACACAGUUGGAGUCAUUGGAUCUGUCCGAGAACAAGCUCUCAGGAGAUAUCCCUUCGGCAACUAACAAGGAUGACAUUCCUUGA